AUGCUUUUGGCACCUCGGCGGUCCUUUCAGGAAAGACCUUCUCUGAGUCCGCAAGGGGUCCUCCGAGGCAGUGCCGGCAAAACCCAGACACGGCAUCUUCUUUCGGCGCGGCCGGCGCUGUGCGGCCUCCAGCCCACAGGAGGCGCUGUGGAGAGGAAGCCGCUGGCGACGCACCUUUCCCUUCCUGCUGCCGCCGGCGCCAGGACGUCCUGUUUUCGUUGGCGGCGCUCGGAUGGCUCCCACUGCUGUGGCUGCUACCGCCGCUUACCUAGCCACUAUCGGAAGCGAUCAGCAUCACGGGGACGUUCUGGAAGUCGCUCUAGAAGUCGCUCACCCUCAGACAAAAGAAGUAAACGUGGAGAUGACCGACGGUCUAGAAGCAGAGAUAGAGACAGACGGAGAGAGAGGUCUCGCAGCAGGGAUAAGCGAAGAUCUCGGUCAAGGGACCGGAAGCGUCUGAGGCGUUCCAGAAGUAGAGAGAGAGACAGAAGUCGAGAGCGAAGAAGAUCUCGAAGUCGAGACAGGAGACGCUCAAGGAGUAGAAGCCGGGGCCGCCGAUCCCGAUCCUCCAGUCCUGGCAAUAAAAGCAAGAAAGCUGAGAAUAGAAGGUCUAGGUCCAAAGAGAAAACAGAUAGUGGAGAAAGUUCUAAAGAGAAGAAAAAAGACAAAGAUGAUAAGGAAGAUGAAAAAGAAAAAGAUGCUGGCAACUUUGACCAAAAUAAGCUGGAAGAAGAAAUGAGAAAGCGGAAAGAAAGAGUAGAAAAAUGGCGAGAAGAACAACGCAAAAAGGCCAUGGAAAACAUAGGAGAACUGAAAAAGGAAAUUGAAGAGAUGAAACAAGGGAAAAAAUGGAGUUUAGAGGAUGAUGAUGAUGAUGAAGAUGACCCUGCAGAAGCUGAGAAGGAAGGAAAUGAAAUGGAGGGUGAGGAGUUAGAUCCAUUAGACGCUUACAUGGAAGAAGUGAAAGAGGAAGUAAAAAAGUUUAAUAUGAGAAGUGUAAAAGGUGGUGGGGGAAAUGAAAAGAAGUCUGGGCCAACAGUGACAAAAGUUGUCACUGUUGUGACAACCAAAAAAGCAGUAGUGGAUUCUGAUAAGAAGAAAGGGGAGCUGAUGGAGAAUGACCAGGAUGCCAUGGAGUAUUCUUCAGAGGAGGAAGAAGUUGAUCUUCAGACGGCCCUCACAGGCUAUCAGACAAAACAGAGAAAGCUUCUAGAGCCAGUAGAUCAUGGGAAAAUUGAAUAUGAACCAUUCAGAAAAAACUUUUAUGUUGAAGUUCCAGAACUAGCAAAAAUGUCUCAAGAAGAGGUGAAUGUCUUUCGGUUGGAAAUGGAGGGCAUUAUUGUCAAGGGAAAAGGUUGCCCCAAACCAAUUAAAUCUUGGGUUCAGUGUGGAAUUUCCAUGAAGAUCCUAAAUUCUCUCAAAAAGCAUGGCUAUGAAAAGCCCACACCAAUCCAAGCUCAGGCGAUUCCUGCUAUAAUGUCUGGACGGGACUUGAUUGGCAUUGCCAAGACUGGAAGCGGAAAGACUAUUGCUUUUCUGUUGCCCAUGUUUAGACACAUCAUGGAUCAGAGGUCAUUAGAAGAAGGAGAAGGGCCAAUAGCUGUCAUCAUGACUCCAACUCGAGAACUGGCUUUACAAAUUACUAAAGAAUGUAAGAAGUUUUCGAAGACCUUGGGACUUAGAGUGGUCUGUGUUUAUGGAGGAACAGGAAUCAGUGAGCAGAUUGCUGAACUGAAAAGAGGUGCUGAAAUUAUUGUUUGUACACCUGGUCGAAUGAUUGACAUGUUAGCAGCUAACAGUGGUCGGGUCACAAAUCUUCGAAGAGUGACAUAUGUUGUUUUAGAUGAAGCAGACAGAAUGUUCGAUAUGGGUUUUGAACCACAGGUCAUGCGUAUUGUGGAUAAUGUCCGUCCUGACCGACAGACAGUUAUGUUUUCAGCUACUUUCCCCAGAGCUAUGGAGGCUUUGGCUCGCAGAAUCCUGAGUAAGCCCAUUGAAGUGCAGGUUGGAGGCAGGAGUGUGGUUUGCUCGGAUGUGGAGCAGCAAGUGAUUGUGAUUGAAGAAGAAAAGAAAUUCUUGAAGUUACUUGAGCUUUUGGGCCAUUAUCAGGAAUCUGGAUCUGUCAUUAUAUUUGUGGAUAAGCAGGAACAUGCCGAUGGUCUUCUGAAAGAUUUGAUGAGAGCAUCUUAUCCUUGCAUGUCUCUUCAUGGAGGUAUUGAUCAGUAUGACAGAGAUAGCAUCAUAAAUGACUUUAAGAAUGGGACCUGCAAACUUCUUGUGGCCACCUCUGUUGCUGCCCGAGGUUUGGAUGUGAAACAUCUGAUUCUCGUAGUAAAUUACAGCUGCCCCAACCAUUAUGAAGAUUAUGUACACAGAGCAGGACGAACUGGAAGAGCAGGCAACAAAGGUUACGCAUAUACUUUUAUCACAGAAGAUCAAGCUCGCUAUGCUGGUGACAUCAUUAAAGCUCUUGAAUUGUCUGGGACUGCAGUACCUCCUGAUCUAGAGAAACUGUGGAGUGAUUUCAAAGAUCAACAGAAAGCUGAAGGGAAAAUAAUUAAAAAGAGUAGUGGGUUCUCUGGUAAGGGAUUCAAGUUUGAUGAAACAGAACAAGCUUUGGCUAAUGAGAGAAAGAAGUUACAAAAAGCAGCUCUUGGUCUCCAAGAUUCAGAUGAUGAGGAUGCUGCAGUUGAUAUUGAUGAGCAAAUUGAAAGCAUGUUUAAUUCAAAGAAGAGAGUGAAGGAUAUGGCUGCUCCUGGAACAUCUAGUGUUCCUGUUCCAACUGCUGGAAAUGCUGAGAAAUUAGAAAUUGCUAAAAGAUUGGCUCUUAGAAUCAAUGCUCAGAAGAAUUUGGGCAUUGAGUCUCAGGAUGUGAUGCAGCAGGCCACCAAUGCAAUUCUCAGGGGUGGUACCAUUCUGGCUCCCACUGUGUCUGCAAAAACCAUUGCAGAGCAACUUGCUGAAAAGAUCAAUGCCAAGCUCAAUUAUGUGCCUUUGGAGAAACAAGAAGAAGAGAGACAGGAUGGUGGACAGAAUGAAUCUUUUAAGAGAUAUGAGGAAGAAUUAGAGAUCAAUGACUUCCCACAGACUGCUAGGUGGAAAGUUACCUCUAAGGAAGCUCUGCAGAGAAUCAGUGAAUAUUCUGAAGCUGCAAUUACAAUCAGAGGAACAUACUUCCCACCUGGCAAGGAACCCAAGGAAGGAGAGCGGAAAAUUUACUUGGCAAUUGAAAGUGCCAAUGAACUGGCCGUGCAGAAAGCAAAGGCAGAAAUUACCAGGCUCAUAAAAGAAGAACUGAUCCGGCUGCAAAAUUCAUACCAACCAACAAAUAAAGGAAGAUACAAAGUCUUAUAAGACAUCUGGAAAAAACUUUUUACCUGUGCUGGUCGUGAUACAUGUGGCAAUUGUUGUGUGCAGUUUACAAUGUAUUGUAAAUUAAGAUUUUUUAAAUUCUGCCUUGCUGAUUUUUUAAAUAUAAGAAACCAGUAUUUGCUAAAGAAAUCUUCUUGCAGUAAGUACCCCUAGAAUUAUCAAACUAUAUUUGAGGCAGGCCUGUGCCUGUUUUCAGAGUAUGAUGUCCUUUAAGCUUAAAUAUCAACAUUUUAAAUAUCUGGAUAGAAUUCCAGAAGUUUAAAAAAAAAGGAAAUAUUUGGACUUUCUAUUGAAGGUAGUAAUAAAGUACACAAGUUGCUAAGAGGCUAUUCACCUUAUCCUCUUGCAAUGAAAUUGUGAUAAUCUCUUUAGAAAAGGUAAAAUUCUGUCUAAUUUUGUGACUCCCUUGACUCUGGAACAAUAUGAACUGGAUUUAAGAAUGUUAUAAUAGAAUUUUUACGAAAUGGGUUCAGUUUUUGUUUCAAUUUUUAUCAUUGUAAAUGGACAAUAGUUGGAUUGCUUUUUGUUUUUUUAAUUAAAGAUUUGUAGUACGAGUCUUUUGCAUUUCUUUACACUGCAAAGAAUUUUAGUAUUUACCACUUUUAGGUUCACCUCACAACCUCUGGCUCUACACCUAGUUACUAACUCUUUUCUAAUCUUCAUUAAAAAGUUUUUUGUAACCUGUAAAUAUUAAUAUGAUUCCUCCCCCCACCCCCUGAAAGUACUUGUGUAUGCAUCUGUACAUAUAAAUACCCUACUAAUUUUAAUCUGUUUUUCUUCAGGAUUAUUGUGUAGGUUGUGACUUUUCUUUAAAAUUUUCAAACAUAAUAAUAACCAUGUUUUAAACUUAGUCAUAAGCAUCUCUCAGUGAAACUUAGUUCACAAAAUUACAUUUUUGAGCCCUCAGAUAUAUUUCUUGAAUAUUAUAAUUUAAAUUGUUAUAAUUAGAUUGCUUAAUAUUCUUUUCCAUGCUCCUGGUAUAUUAGAACUUCAUAUUAUUGUCACUUCUUGAAAAAAGAAAAAUUUCAGGAAUUAAAUAGACAUAUUUCUUAAAUUAAGAAAGUUCCAUUGAAUAUUCUUGACAAGAGUUUUUAGGAAAGAAAAAAUGAAAGCAUACUAUUGGUGUUCAAACAAAUAAUUUAAAUAGCACAUUAAGUGGUUAAGGUGACAAGGCGUAUUGAUCAUUGUUUCUGCAAUACUUAUCGUUCCUGAAUAACUACGAUAUAACUGGGAAAUAUUCUUAGAUGACUCACAUAUCCACUCUCUUUCUUAGAGUAAGAAAACAGACAAAACAUAUGUAAAAACAGAACCAAAUAAUCCAUUUACUCUAAAGCUGCAGGCAUUGUGGGCUCCUUUUCCCCAACAAUUUAUGUAUUUGCUUAUUUUUAUUAUAUAGUUUGUUUUCUUUGAUAGAAUAUGUGGCAGUCCCACAUUGGUGACAAUUGGUGCUCCUUCAACUUGCUGGAUCAUUUUGAGAUUCAGCAUCUUACACCAUUUUAGAAUUACUGCCUUUACGUUUGUGUAUCUAGUUGUAAGAAACCACUGAUAGUAUUUUGUUUUAAAAUGAAACACAUUUCUGUUACUCCAUUUUUUAAUGUCACGUUGACUCUUUGAUUUUUAAAAUUUGAAUGAUGUAUAGACUAAUUUGUUUCUUAAUGCAAUAUCAAUAUUUGCUCAUGUUUUCUAAAGUCCUUACAAAAUAAAAAGUUGAUUCAGUCUGCA